GUGACUUCUCAGCCUCUGCUCAGAGUUGCUGCUUUUGCUUUUGCUGCUGCUGCUGCUGCUGCUGCCGCCACACAGUAGAGCCCACCCUUUAUCUGCAGCCUCCAGCCGGGAGCAAGGCAAGGGGUAAGCAGCUCUGACAACCAGAUGCAGAUUCGCAGAGCAGGUGGAAGGACACUUUUGGCGGGGAGACUCUCUUUCAGCCGUGCAAGCAUGGAGAGAGGCUGGAGACACGCCGCUGCCCUCUGGGUCCUGGUUCUCUGGGCCUCCGGCUCGUCUCACAAGGGGCUUGGAAACCUGGACGCCAGCUUCGACAGCAAAGGUACCAUGCUUGAAGAGAGGGCUGGCCACCUGGGCCCUGUCAAAGUGGGGGUGGGGGGGGUUGAAGGGGAUAAGAGAGCAAUUGCCAAGGUGGGGAGCUGGGGGACAAGGAGUGAAGAGAACUCAAAGAGAAGCUAAGAAACUGCCUGUGAAUGUACUGUGUGUGCCCAACAUGCAACUGGUCAGACAGAGUCUCUUUCCAGUACAGUGAUACCUCGGGUUACAUACGCUUCAGCUUACACACUCUGCUAACCCAGAAAUAGUGCUUCAGGUUAAGAACUUUGCUUCAGGAUAAGAACAGAAAUCGGGCUCCGGCGGUGCAGCAGCAGCAGGAGGCCCCAUUAGCUAAAGUGGUGCUUCAGGUUAAGAACAGUUUCAGGUUAAGAACGGACCUCCGGAACGAACUAAGUACUUAACCUGAGGUACCACUGUACUCUGGAUUGCACCAUAUGGCAGUGGCGCGAUAAUAAUAAAAUAUGAGGCAACCUCCGCAAAAUCGAUCUGAUCUGAUCUUGCCUAGUUUGUGUACUUCAUCUGCUCCUCGCGGUUCUCAUGUAAACUUUCUCUCUCUCUUCCUGAGCUUUAAGUGCGAUGAAACACUGUUCUCAGCCGCGUUGAAAGCAGAAAUUUUGCAGCUUGGCAGACAUUGCUCCUUUACAGAAAAAAGGAGAUCUGAGGGGUUUAACUCGUGGAGCAGGUUCUUGUAAGGUCUGGUGGAUUCUUCUUGUAAAUUUGAAGUCUCUCGGCUUAAAAAGAAAGAAAGAAAAAGGAUCCAUCCUUUAACUGUGGACACCAGUGUUGGGGUAACCUGGAAGGGGAACAGGUUGAGGCAAAGCGGCGGGUGAGAAUUAUUGGGUCUAUUUCUGUAGAAGGUAGGAGGUGGCCGAUUCAGAGGUCAAUGAAAUAAGGCACCAAUAAGAUAUCCCCAAAGUUUGAGGUUCUAAAGCUGCAGGCUUUAUAUACUGUGCAGUAUGUUUGUUUUCCUGUGGGAAAGAAUAUGUCUGUGGACAACCCUCUGUUCAGUCCUGGCCACACAUCCCUCGCAAGUAGACCUGAGGGUGUAUUAACAAAGCAGAUGCAAAAUUUCAGAGUGCACAAUUUCCAGUGUGGCAGUUUUGACAUCCCUGUUCCCCUCAGACAGCUGAAGUUCAGCAGUUAAAGCUCACAGGGUGAGAAAAUACAUUGUUGUUUCCUGACUUCAGCCGUGUAGUCAUUAGAUUUGUAAGCCCAGUAGUUAGAUGUGUGGGAUUUACGAUGGUGGCAGAUGCUCUCUUGGAAAGUUGCAGACCCACCUACCCAAAUGGGAAACGUAGAAAAAUAAAAUGUGAAAUGCAGAUUUGCUUCCAUUGGGAAGAUUGUAAUAUGUGAGCAAGAAACUACUUUGACCCUGUUAUUGUUAUUAUUAUUUUCUGGUGGGAUUCCACAUCCAUAAUGUGUGUGUUCCUACUUAGCUUAAAUAUUACUUGCCUAAAUAUCAAGAAACUUGGUAAUGAAUGGCUGCUCUGUAGACUAUAAAACAUAUGUGAUUUAACAAGUCUGCCUGUGCAUGGCUUGUUUGCCUAGGGGAGUCCGAUAUAGUUCGUUCAGUUUACUUAAGGUCAAUUUAACGCCUGCUCAUUAUUUUAUGACUGCAGCAUCUAGUGAGAACUCACCAUAUAAAAAUGAGGUUUUUUGUAUGGUUCCUGUUUGACUUGUGUCAAAUUUAGGAAGCUUUGAUUCUACCUUAGACCCCUGUUCAGUUUUGAGCUGCAAAUUGUCAAGUGCAGAAGAAUCAAGUCAUGUACCGGGGGUUGGGGGUCAGUCCUUCCACUUAAGACAGUUUCCAAUCCUAUGCCUAAAUCCAACAAGAGGAAAUUUACCUGUUGCCUCCAUUUUUGAAUGCAACUUUUCAACAAUGGAAGUGUAUGAGUGCAAAGGGCAUUUGCUUGCCUGAGCUUUUACAUCAAAGCCCUACCCAGAUAGCUCAGUCCGUAGAGCGUGAGACUCUUAAUCUCAGGGCUGCGGGUUCAAGCUCCACGCUGGGCAAAAGAUUCCUGCAUUGCAGCGAGUUGGGCUAGAUGACUCUUGUGGUCUCUCCUAUGAAUCUAUAAGCUGUAUUCCUGUAAGGCAAAACAACAACACCCCUCCCCACAAGGUCCAGAGGCAGAUUCUAGAACCCCAAGGGUUCUAGACUCUACUGGUUUUGGAAGUUCUUCCCGAUGUCUAAAAUCUAAAACCUCCCAGCCAGCUGCCGCUACACCAUCUCUUCAGGUACCGUAAUACGGUUUCUUUUGAUCUGGGCUGAUUCUGUUUUUGCAGCUUUGUGCAUUUUCCACAUUCAGGGACACACCAAUCUCUGCAUUCUUGGGAUAAGCAAGCAGCCAUCCCACGUCUUGUAGUUUCAGCAGAAGCAGAUUUCAUUUGCUUUUGUCCUCCCAUUCCUGCAGCCUCCAUUUCGAUAACAAAAGAAGUGCAAACCUAGCCAACAACUUAACAACUGCUGUUCUCUGUUGUUGACAGUUUCCCAAGGGAUGCUGUUUCUGUAGUGCGGAAAACUGGGGAUGGAGGAAUAGGAGAAAUAAGGAAUUGUAUUAACUCUGCUUCUGUUGCUCAUCUUGAAUCACCCUCCCCCCCCCCAUUUUCCCAGCCCAGCCCUUGUCUCCACGUGGCUAACUAAAAACCAUUGGUCUGACCCCAAUGGGUGAGGCUAAGGAUUCCUGGCAGACCCAUAUAAAAAGUGGGUGGGUGGGAGAAACAAAUGGCUGUCCCCUCCUCUUUCCUGUACUUUCUCCCGCGGCCUAGACUCUACUGGGACUGAGGGUGUGCAGCCAGCUCUUAUCUCGGGGAAACAGAUGCCAGAAGGAGGUGGCUGUAAGACUUCUGUGUUUGUGUGCGUAACGUAAGGAAGAGAGCUGGGUCAUAAAAUACAUAGCUGCCGAUCAUGUGACUUUGCAUAUGACAGUUUGUACUGUUUCCCUUAAAACAACAACAACAACAACAACAAUCCAACAAAAUCUGGAUUCUAUGGCGGUAAUGAAGUUGCUUUCAUUACCAGAAGUCUAUCUGAAGGCAUUUAAAGUAAGAAGAGUAAAGACAAGAAUAUCUUUGAGAGUACACAGAGUGUUGUUCCUUUGCUGCUGCUGCUAAUUUAUUCAUUUAUUACUGUAUUUCAUGCGUUUGUAAGCCCCUUUCUCUGCAAAAAGGGCACGGAAUGUGGCAUGCAAUAAAGACAGCAUGAAACGGCUGGGCAAGAUUAAGAAAGGAAUUAAAAACGGGAUUUCUGUGCAGAAAAUGCAGAAGGUUGCUGGGACCAGAAUUCAGCUUCCUAAAGUUCAAAUGUUCCAUUAUGAGCAGCAUGUGGCUGUCACUAAACGGAACCUCAUUUCUGUGAGCCCCAGGUGAUGCUUAGCUAAAGAUGGUAGGAUAAUAUCGUACGAGAAAGUUCCCCUGCCCCUCCUACCCUUUCUUGGCUGCAACUUUUGAGGGGUGGAAGAACUUGGAGCAGAACAGCAACUCGUCAUUCAUCUCCUUGAACAAAAAUUUUGUAGAAUCACAGGAAGGAGACAGAGGAAGGUGGCAGGCCAACUUGUUCUUCAUCCCUCAUUUGGGUCUGAGAACCUCCUCAGAUUUCAAUUUUUUCAUUAAUAUUUUUUUUAAUAGCCUACAUCUAUGUUUCAUAUAUGAAAUUUAAAAACAGUAUGACAACCUGUAGUAAACCCCCCCCCCAAAACUCCACACUGAUAAAGGAACUGUACACCCAGGAAUAUUGCUUAGAAACCUCCCCCCCCCCCCCAGUAGUUAGACAUCAGAUAUGGAUUAAAUUCCACUCUCACAAAAUGUAUUAAGUUGCUUUUACAUUUUAAAGCUGCUUUUAAGAAGCUUUAUGGGGAGGUGACCCACAAAAUGGAAGAAACAAACAAAACGAAAUCAAUGGUCACAAGGGAUCCUACAGAAUUUCAAUUUUAAAAGAAAACAAGGUUCUAGUCCUUUAGGUCAGGGAUGGGCGCUCCCUCUGCACUUCAGAGGCUUCGCGUUGCUAUCGCUGAAGCCAAGGAGCCUGCAUUCGCUCCAUAGGACGCACACACAUUUCCCCUUAAUUUUUGAAGGGAAAAAAGUGUGUCCUAUAGAGCGAAAAAUACGGUAUGUUUUUAUAUAUGUUGGAAGACGCCCAGAGUAGCUGGGGCAACCCAGUCAGAUGGAUGGGACGUUGUUGUUGUUGUUGUUGUUGUUGUUGUUGAAUAGGACAUCCCUAUUUUCUUUGGAGAAAUGUUGGAGGGUAUUUGGUAACGUUAUGCCUGUCUGUCUGCUUUGCACCUAGCUGCGUAUCUGUUGACGGAGGACCGUUCGGACCUCAAGUGUUUCACCCAGCAGCUGGAAGACCUGGCCUGCUUCUGGGAGACAUUUGUACCCCCGAAGGAACAAAACAACCAGAGCGUGUACAGCUUUGGAUACAAAUAUGAGUAAGUGUGUGUAUAAGCCGCACCAGAGCCAGCCAGUCUCAGGGGCUCAGCCUGAUCUAGUCUACAGAUCCUCUAAGAGCCUGAGGAUGUUAUGGGGGUUUCACCUAAGACUUUCUGCAUUGUUUUCAUUUUAUGUUAUAUUUAUAUAGUGCCUUACCUCUUAGGCACUCAAAGCAGCAGCGUAUAUAGAAUCAUAGAGAGUUGGAAGGGACCCCAGGGUCAUCUAGUCCAACCCCCUGCAAUGCAGGGAUCUCAGCUAAAGCAUCCGUGACAGACAGCCGUCCAACCAACCUCUGCUUAAAAACCUCCAAGGAAGGAGAGUUCACCACCUUCCAUUAUAUUCCCUCCAUGAGGGCUACCAUUCCAGUCCGACAUAAUCAUUAGUAACAAAUAGUUCCAACAUAUGAGAGUAUGCAGAAUUAACUACACAAUAUAUUUCAGGGACAUUCAGGCUUAACAUAUUUUAUCUUAUUAAAAUUUAUCCUUAUUAAUUAUUAUGAAAAAUAUAUAAAAAAGGAGAAGCUAGUAUUACAGUUUCGGUGCUAACAAGAUGCCAAGGGAAGCUAUACUUAUAUCGACAAUCUGAAAACCUGGUCUGGUUUUUCAUUAUUGUUACUGUACUAUUGCAAAACCUAAUACAUAGCUUCCGUUUAUUUUCAAAGGCUUCUUUGUAUUUUGAUGCAUCUGUACACAAUACAGGUUUCCUUUUUCCAAUAUCUCUGACCUUUCCUAAAUCUAGGAUGCGUUACUCCCAAAUUCUUCCCUCCCACAUCUCUCUUCUGUUUUGAAGGACUCCUGGGAGAUGCAUCAAAGUGGUGUUAGCGGAUUGUGCCUGUGUAAAAUAUAUACAGAAGUGCCAAAAUAGGAAAGAGUCGGGUCAGAAUGAGGGUCGUACCUGUAGUAUUAGUCAAAUAGGUUUCUGUAUCCCAAAAGUCCCAGGAGCUUGUAUUUUACCCUCACAUUCCCCAGAUGUUAGAAAACUGAUUUUUAUGUUGCAUAAAACAAUAGAUCUUGAAAUGUACUAAAGGAUUCUGACAGUGCUGUUUGACAGUGGAAUGGACUCUCUUGGAAGCUGGUGGACUCUCAUUCCUUGGAGGUUUUUAAGCACAGAUUGGAGGGCCACCUGUAACGGAUGCUUCAGUUGAGAUUCCUGCAUUUCAGGGGUUUGGACUGGAAGACCCUCAGGGUCCCUUCCAGCCUUUCAGUUCUACGAUUCUAUGAUACACAUGCCUAAGAUUGCUCUGUGAGUGUAGCUACUCUGUGUGAAAUUAUCUUGAGUGGGCUUCUUUGGAAACAUGGGAAGUAGAAAGAGGAGGCUGAGGUGGUGGAGGAGAGAGAAUGGGCAGAGAAGAAAGGGCACAGAAAUAGGAGCUGCUGAAACGAGGAAGGUUGACGUUCACAUAUUGAUUUGUGAGAGACACAUCGUCUCUCUCUACUUCACGAAGAAAUUGUAUGCCUCAAAGGUAACGUGACAAGGCCAUUCAAAGGAUGGAUGAACCAAAACAACUUUAAUGCAAGUGCUUUAUGGAGAAGAAAGCCAGUUCCACAGCAGGCUGCUUCUUCAAAUGUAGAACAGGAACUCAUGUGCCUGAGAGCUGACUUGUAUGGCAGGCCAGGAGAGCCAAUACAGUACAGUUCAGUAUGUAAAAUUUAGUCUUAUGCUGACUAGCGUUGACAAUGAGCUUUACAGGUCAAAACUGCCCUAAGGGACGUUGGCCUUGACCUCAAGAGCCCCCCCCCCCCUAAAUUCCCAUAUUCUUCCUUCAACCCUACUGGGCACAAUGCUUGCAACAGAAGCUGCUUCCCAAACUUUAAAUAAUAAUGCAGUAUUUCUCGCCUGCUUUCAUUCAGGGACGACGACUCUUUGAAAUUGUGUAACUUGACUGUGGAGUACACACCCCGGAAUACAACGCGAUACACUUGCUUCUUUCCGAGGCAAGAUGUUUCAGCCUUUUCCCCUCUUGAGAUCAAGGUCUUUGAUGGGCGCUCUCCCAAGAGCACUCUGUACAACAGAACGAUCUUUGUGGAAAAACUACGUAAGUUCCCAAUGCGGGGGGGAUGGGCCUUGCAAGAAAUGACCUCCAAGUCUUCCUAGAGUGGGUGGGUAGGUGGGAACCUGGAAGCAAGAAGAAUGUAGAUCAGGAUCAUAGAAUCAUAGAUCCUGAGGAUUGUCUAGUAGCUAAACCCCCUGCAAUGCAGAAAUAUGUAGUGGUCCCUUACGGGGAUCAAACCUGCAACCGUGGCGGUAGAACUCUGGGUUAUUUGCUAUAGGUCAGCAAAGGUUUCUGACUCCCAGUGGAUUAACGAUCGCAGCAGCAAAACGAUCCCUUUCCACCUGAAUUAGGCUAUCAAAACUAAGAAAGCGCAAGAGGAAUAGACUUUUGUGCAACAGAACGGUGAGCUCAGUUCUGUAAGGAAAAGAAAACAAGUUCAGAAUGUGCUCAGAGGCACCCUAACCCACACCACACAUUUAAACCAAUUUAAACAGCUGUGACUUCCCUCAAAGAAUCCUGGUAACUAUAGAAUGCUAAGGGUGCUUAGAGACGUCCCACAGAGCUUCAUUUCUCAAAAUGCUCAACAAACUGCAGCUCUUCCUCCCCACUAGUUUAAUCCAGGUUCCAGACUACCUGAGUCUAAGGAAGACUUGUCGUUGUGUGGGGAGGACUAGUAAUGUUUUGGACUACAAGCCCCAUCAGCCCCAGCCUGCUUGGCCAAAGGUCAAGGGUGAUGAGAGUUGUAUUAUAACGACAUCUGCUGGGUACCAAGUUGAUGAAGGCUACCUUAUCUAUACCUUUACUACAAUAGAGGCAGAAACUGGAGAGGUGAAGCUUUCUGACCUCCAUUCUAAAACCUGUUCAAUUUCUAUAUGUUUUACAACUGUUAAAGUCACAGAAACAUUGGUUAGACUGAGUAGUAAUGGUCAGUGCUUUUUUCUGGGGCUUAAGGAUGCUUAGAGUGCUUUUCUUUUAAAUGUGCUUGUGCACAUUUGCUCACAAGAUCACAUUGAGUUCAGUGGAGCUUACUUAGGGUUGCCAUGUGUCCUCUUUUUCCAGGACACGUCCUCUUUUUCAGGGGUAAGAUUUCUGUCCAGGUGGGUUUUUUUUUAAUUGGCCAAAAUGUCUCUGGCUAUACUUUCUGGAUGAUACAUAGACAUAACUGGUGGUUGAAGACUUGCUUCUCUUCUCCUGCCCACCCCCCCACCCCAGUAAGGGUAUUUAAAAUGAGAGUUGUCAUAGCGUGCUCUUUUUUGCUAUUCAAAAUAUGGCAACCGUAAGCUUACUCCCAAAUUAACGUAGCCUGUAGCCUGUAGUGCCCAGCCAGUAGAUCAGCUUCACUCUUUGUGACCAUAAACUACUUGGGGGUUUUUUUGGGGGGGGGGGACAGAGGCUAGCAGUGCAGUCAACUGGAGGAGGAAAGAUAACGUGAGUUUGCACUAAAUAGGAAAGAGGGAGUAGUUGAUGUAGGCUUGGCCAAGCCAGUAGGCUUGGUCUUUAUUGAAGAUUGUCAUGACAGGACUCCCACCUGCCACCAGGUGAAACGAGAUUGAAACCCCAAACAAAAGAGAACCCAAACUUUUAUUAGCUGCUAAUUCCCAUGUUACACCCCCUCCCCACACUACAUCACUAAUACAUCAUGGUUACAUCAUGAAAGGGGAGGUCUGGUGGCAGUAAUCUGAGCAUCCUGGACCCUGCCCCAUGGUUCCCCUUGUCCUCCACCAAACACCCAUCAAGUGUAACAAAAGAGAUAUUUGCAUUUCCCUGUUUCCCAGCCAAGUGAAUCACACCCUUUUGUCUUCAUCUGGGUUUGUUAUUGCUGGAAUGGCUACCUGUCUGGCACUCAGGUAUCAGGAUGCCAGGAAUUAUCACUCAGGUAGAGGGGCUGCUGAGUAGCUGAGCUCACAUGUCUAUAUGAAUUUCUGAAGUUUUCCCAGGGAGGCAGUACAUAGGUACAUUUAUCAGUGAAUUGUUACAUUUGGUAUUGUGCAGCAGAGGCCCUUUGAGUAGAUAGGAAGAAACUGUGAUGAAAUGUUUUGUGGGGACAAAUCACAAAAGUCACAAAAGUGAUUGUGCUGAUUUUGGUAGUGGGCUGCAUGUGCAUGAUAUCUGCUGGAGGGGCAACCCCCAACCAACCUAUACAUAAAUUCCUGCAAAAAAGAAAGAAGACCUCUAUUCUGUCGCCACUGGGCUGUUCUCACAUCCUGCUCCUUUCCCCUUCCAGUUUUCCUGGACCCCCCCUCUAACCUGGCAGUGCAGCUGUUGGGGCCUCCGGGGCAGCUGAAUGUGAGCUGGCAGCCCCCCAUUCAAUACAUGGACAAUAGCAUCCGCUAUGAGAUGGCCAUCUUCCACAAGGGUAGCAUAGUCCAGCGGGUAAGUCACUUUUGUCCUUUGUUAUGUUGUAAACAAAAAUCUGCCCUUUUUCCCUUAUGGAGUUUCCAAGAGCCCAUAUAGAAUGCUUAUGUAGGUUCCCUAUUGGUAGGAGAAAAUAACAGAGGCCAACCAGAGAAUAUUAAGAAGCAAAGCAGCUAGUAAGCCUGAUCUUUAUCUUUAUUGAUCUGUUGCAACAGGGUCCUCACUCACCACACGCAGAAAGGAGGAGGGACCCAGAACAAAAGUGUGCCUGCCCUUAUAUAGACAUUUUAAAUUCCCUCCCUGGAGUCCAAAACCACCCCCAGAAACAUCAUACAUACAUCACAGAAGGGGUGUAGCUCAAGACCACCACCCCAGAUACAUCAUACCUACAUCACAGAAAGGGCGAUCUACAGCAGAAAUCUCGAUUGUGUUGUUUACCUCCUGUCUACCAGGUUAUCUGUUAAUGAUUACUUAAUUGGAUACCCUGAGGAGCCUGGCCAGUCUUUUGUAAUGAUAAAUACUUAGUUCCUGAGCCAGGUCACAGGCUCACACCCUUUGUUGUUGUUGUUUAGUCGUUUAGUCAUGUCCGACUCUUCAUGACCCCAUGGACCAGAGCAUGGCAGGCACUCCUGUCUUCCACUGCCUCCCGCAGUUUGGUCAAACUCAUGCUGGUAGCUUCGAGAACACUGUCCAACCAUCUCGUCCUCUGUCGUCCCCUUCUCCUUGUGCCUUCCAUCUUUCCCAACAUCAGGGUCUUUUCCAGGGAGUCUUCUCUUCUCAUGAGGUGGCCAAAGUAUUGGAGCCUCAGCUUCAUGAUCUGUCCUUCCAGUGAGCACUCAGGGCUGAUUUCCUUAAGAAUGGAGAGGUUUGAUCUUCUUGCAGUCCAUGGGACUCUCAAGAGUCUCCUCCAACACCAUAAUUCAAAAGCAUCAAUUCUUCAGCGAUCAGCCUUCUUUAUGGUCCAGCUCUCACUUCCAUACAUCACUACUGGGAAAACCAUAGCUUUUACUAUACGGACCUUUGUUGGCAAGGUGAUGUCUUAAAUGUGCCCUUAAGACAGGGUUUGUGAAGGAAAAGACAAUGGGGGGGGGCUUUUCCAUUUUCCUUUGAACUUGCAGAGAAAACAUUUGGUCAGUUUGGGAAUCAAAAAUGGCUUCAGGUCGGUCUUCCUGUGCUGAUCUAUGUACGUGCUUGGUUGGUACACUUAUGAACAUUUAACAUAUAUCUAAGACCUCAAAAUUCCUAUCACAGUUACCUGGCUUUCAAAACUCCCUCCUUUCCUCCCUCUGACCUCUGCUUUCCCCCCUUCUGCUUCCAGGUGGAGAUUUCCAAUGGGCAGACAUAUUACCUCCGGAAUCUCAAAGGAGGAACCCGCUACACGUUGGCUGUGCGGGCCAAGCCAAACGGAGUCAGCUUUGAUGGCUUCUGGAGUGGAUGGUCGCAGACGGUGUCGGCGAUGAUACCCAGUGGUAAGUGUUCUUCAGGCAAUUUUGGCCACAGCCAUGGCACAGGGCCGGUUGAAAAUAGCCACUUAAUUAGAAUGGAGCGAUGCUCAUAAAACCACGAGAAGCUGAGAAGCUGCUUUUAAGGAAAAAUGAAACAAAAAGCAAAGCAGCAUUAAAAUAAAACAAAAUAGUGGGCACCUUCUGAGAACUCCAACCCAAAAUCAACAAGAACGAAAGCCUCAAUAACACUGGAACCAAAAUCCCAAGCCUAAGGAAUCCAAAACAGAGCACAAUUCACUUUACAUCUGUCCAGCACGUCUGUUCAAAGAGAAUAGGACCUCUGCAAAAAGAUGGGAGAAUUCUCCAGCCACUUUUCAAUUCCCAACCAUGGCUUCUUCCAGAGAGCUAUUUUCUGCCCAGAUGGUGCAUAAACCGGUGGUGCUGAUGGAAGACAGGCGAUUGCUGGUGUGUGUGUGUUAGAUAGAUCCACUGUAGAUGGAAGAAAGUCCCUAUUUCCCUUGCGUUUCUAGAAGACAAUGGCAGCCUGCAGUUCUUUUUCUUUGAGGAGAUAUCUGAUUGCCCUGGCCCAACCAAUAACAAAACUCAGAUAUCAGUGGGGACAAAAAAACCCAGCUUGUUAAGCUUGUGGGAGUAUUGUUGGGGGAGAACAAGGAUCUGAAGUAUCCAAAGCCAUUUAGGUUCCCUAAUACAGCCCCGAACCAGGGAUAAAUUUAGACCCCUUCAGAAACUGGUCUAAAUCCCUCCUGGAAAUUUAUGUUAUAACAGUUAAAAUUGUAAAAAAUGAAACAGACGUAGGGUUGCCGUAUUUUGAAGCGCAAAAAAGAGGAUGCUAUGACAACUCAUUUUAAAUACCCUUACUAUAUGUAGGCUACAGAACAGGCAUCCCCAACCUUUGGCCCUCCAGAUGUUUUGGACUACAGUUUCCAUCAUCCCUGACCACUGGUCCUGGUCGCUAGGAAUCAUGGGAGUUGUAGGCCAAAACAUCUGGAGAGCCGUGGGUUGGGAAUGCCUGCUGUAGAAGCUGUGAUAUAUCACUGAGGGGGGCAGGAGAAGAGAAGAGGAAAGCAAUUCUUCAACCACCGGUUAUGUCUAUAUCUCAUCCAGAAAGGAUAGCCAGAAACAUUUUGGCAAAUAUAAAAAAUCCACCCAGACAGAAAUUUUACCCCUGAAGAAGAGGACGUGUUCUGGAAAAAGAAGACACAUGGCAACCUAUCAAGAGUGCCCCUCCAGUCUCACUUCCACCCUGCUUGUGAGAGCCUUGCAGGGCUUUGAAUGGGCAAUGAUGUGCACGCACACACACGCACUCCACCAACUCGCCAUAGUAUUUCAUAAGGUAAAGGUAAAGGGACCCCUGACCAUUAGGUCCAGUUGUGACCGACUCUGGGGUUGCGGCGCUCAUCUCGCUUUAUUGGCCAAGGGAGCCGGCGUACAGCUUCCGAGUCAUGUGGCCAGCAUGAUUAAGCCGCUUCUGGAGAACCAGAGCAGUACAUGGAAACGGCGUUUACCUUCCCGCCGGAGCGGUGCCUAUUUAUCUACUUGCACUUGAUGUGCUUUUGAACUGGUAGGUUGGCAGGAGCAGGGACCGAGCAACGGGCGCUCACCCCGUCGCGGGAAUUUGAACCGCCAACCUUCUGAUUGGCAAGUCUUAGACUCUAUGGUUUAACCCACAGCGGUACCCGCGUCCCUGUAUUUCAUAGGGUGAAAUUGAAGAUCAUAAACUAUUGGUGCUGUUUGUCAUUUUGCUGGACUCUGCUUGUACUUAUAUUUACCCCAUAUUCUUAGUAAAUUUGCUAUGACGUUAUCCUUGUUUAAACUGGUUUCCAAUAUUUCAUUAAUAAAACUUGUAGAUUAAAUUGUCUUAAGAAUGGUUCAGUUUUAACCCCAGUCAUCUCUAGAUUGUGUAUCCAUUCUGUUAGCCAUUUAAAGGCAUUGGCAAUACAUUGGUACCUCAGGUUAAGUACUUAAUUCGUUCCGGAGGUCUGUACUUAACCUGAAACUGUUCUUAACCUGAAGCACCACUUUAGCUAAUGGGGGCUCCCGCUGCUGCCGUGCCACCGGAGCACGAUUUCUGUUCUCAUUCUGAAGCAAAGUUCUUAACCUAAGGUACUAUUUCUGGGUUAGCGGAGUCUGUAACCUGAAGCGUAUGUAACCAGAGGUACCACUGUAUAAAUAUAAAUUGGAAAUGAUAUGCCACCCUUUUUUCUUGUCUAGCAAUACAACCUAUUUAAUUAAUUCUUGGUUGCUUCCUAUUCCAUAUAAAUUGCACAACUAGGCUUUGCCACAUUUUAAAUUAAGAUUCAUUUACUCAUCUUGCCAAAGCCUGAAAAAUGACAUUUAAUUGGGGCAAGAUUAUAAUUUUAGCCAUGUGGUCAAAUAAAUAUAUUUAAUCUAUUCCAUUGUUCUGCUUUGGAACUUCUUUUCUUAUAUAAUCUUCCCAAAAUUAUCUACAUAGAAAUGCUUUCAUUUUUUCUUAAUAUUAUACAAAUAUCACACAGAACUCUUACUUACUCAUUGGUGAUCUAACUUUGUUCUUUUUUAAAACAUCACUUUGUAUAUGUAAAUAUAUAUUGAUUAUUUCUGUUUUGUCCUUGUUAAUUUUAAGGCAAACAAGAAGACCAAUAUUGAAAAAAGAAUCUUCUCCAGCUACAGAUAGAAUUUACAAUCUCUAUUAUUGUUUAGGCAUUGCUGUGAAGACAGUUACAUACCAGCUAUUUUUCUGUGUGCAGUUCCUUUGUUUUCUGCAUCUAUUACUGCACCAAUGUUUCUUAUGCUUCUUAAAGGUUCCAAACGGAGAACAAAUAAUGAAAAUGACAGGACCUCUGUGUCUUUUUCCAGUACUCAGAAUGAAUUUGAUAUUUGGUCAUCAACCCCUAUCCUUGCAGUUGGGCUGUUGUUAAUAAUGUUAAUCAAAGUAAAGAUUUUUUUCUCUAAAGUAAGCUUUUAAUGUUUUAAAAAAGAAAAUACCGUAAUGUUAUCGAAAGCUUUUUCUGCAUCAAAACCAUUAAUAAAGGCUGUGAUUUUACUUUCUUUACAUGCAUAAUUGUGUUUAUAUUUUUCCAUACAUUAUCCUUCAAAUAUCAGUUGGAUAUAGACCCCGUUAAUCUCCUAUUCAUUUCUCAUCUGUUAUUUGUUCUCAUUUUUGCAAUCUUUCAUAUUUCCCAUUCUUCCCUCAAAAUAGAUUUUUCUUCCAGUCUAUUGCCAUUUAUUUCUGCAUUUCCUCCUGUUUGCUUUUUGGAGUCUCUGUUUCUCACUUUUGAGAUACAAAAUGCUUUAUCUUUUUAAUAUCAUCCAUUCUCAAAACACGUUUUUCAUGCUUAACAACAAAAAACAUCCAAAAGUAUGGCCCUUUAAUCCAGAUGCUAAUAUUUCACUUUCUGCUUCACAAUCAAUAUUGCAUUUUACUUUGGGCAUCAAACAUUGCACCUUAAACAAGAAUUAUAAUUUACCCACCACCAGUUAUUACAUUCAGCUGGAUAGCAGCUGUGAGAGUUUUACCUAAUGCCUGCUUUUGUACAAUACUCCAGUGAAAAAUAAUUCUAUUAUAAAUACAACAGCAGAUACUACCCAGAAAGUGCAGUACUAUUUCACUAUAAGCUCAGCCACAGAUAUUGCAGCAUGUAGUUUAGUAAUUUAGUACUUGCCAGUGAGAGAAAUAUAACUACUAAACAUACCUGGGAUAGCUCAGUAGAGCAUAAGACUCUGAAUCUCACGUUUGUGGGUUCAAGCCCUAUUUUUGCAAAAAAAAGUACUACAUUGCAGGGGGUUGAACUAGAUGACACUCAUGGUCCCUUCCAACUCUAUGAUAAUUAUCUACUAUGCAUAAUUACUAUGUUUCUAUGUUCUUGACAAGUUCGUUUAUUGUUCAGUCCAAAAGAUAAUGGCCUUUAUUAGUUAACAGCUCCACAGGAUGUAGUUCAUUAAAAGGUCCGGUAUUAUUUUAUUGGAAAAGUAGGACUUCAGCAAUUUGGCAAUACUAAGUUCCAUUGUUGUUAAUGCACAUAUUUCUAGUCCAGGACUAGGCAACCUGUAGCCCUCCAGUUGGUCAUCUCUGUCCAUUGACCAUGCUGGCCAGGACUGAUGAAGCUGGAAUCUACCUACAUUUGGAGGGCCACAGGUUCCCCACUAGCUUCCUCUUCCAUCCACCUUUUUCUAUUUUCUUUAAGCAGUCUAUUUACUUUUUUCAGUUAUUUGGUUCAAUCAGUAGCAACCCUGUAUGGUGGGUGUGGAUUCACCCUCCCCAAACCGGUGCCACUGCAACUUACCUGGACAGGCAGGACAUGGUUGUGAUGAGGUCAGGGCUGCAUGGUUUGCUGGUGUGCCCAUGCAAACUCUAUUGUCACCCUGCCAUGCCCCAGCUCAUUCAGCUACAGUGACCCUGACAUCAGGAGGGUGGCUGAGUGGUUCCACCAUACCACAGGGACCUAAUGUUGAAAGAGCUCAUUUUUCUCCACCUUCAGUCCCCAAUGUCUUCCACAAGCUACAUCUGCAGCCUCUCAUUUGAUGUCUUCAAAUGCCAUCACCAAGCACAAACUUGACACCAUUGCCACAUUGUUAUGGGGGGUGGGGUGGAAGCCUCCCUCAGUUGUUGUGGUUUCUUGCCCUUCCAACUCCCAGCUGGAGCAAUAGCUUACCUUGCGCACAGGUGGUUGCUGAAGGCAGGUGCAGCUCGUAGUGCUUUGACAAUUCUCACUGCGCUACCUCUCCAGAUAAUAUUUUCUAAUCUUCAUUAUCUGGACCAGGAAUGGAGGGGUGGCCAUAGAAUGGUGGGAGACUUAGUGGUCAAGAAGAAUACAUGUUAGAGCGCUCAGUUGACUAGAUGAUGUGAUGUAAUGACCACAGUUGGCCUACUCAGGAGAUUUCAACAUGGUGUUCUGGCCUUGUAUGUCCUCUGAAGUAUUUAACAGUCAUGAUUCACUAUCUACCAGGACAUCUGAAAAGAACCAGGUAGUAAGCUGAAAUCCAGGCAAGAGCAUAUCACUGGUUCAUCCUACCAUGUCCACUGCCAGAAGUAUGUGCUUUCUCCAUGUAGUGACUAUGUAACAGAAGGUUGUUUGAAGGAGACUUGGGUACCAACCAAAGGGUUUUUAUGAAGUGCCUCUCGCUAAGCUAACCUGUUCUUUAUCUUGCAGAACUGGACCCCCUCAUCCUGACGCUGUCUGUCGUUCUGGCGCUGAUCGUUCUGCUGUUGGCUUUCCUCACCCUGAUGUUUAACCGAAGGUAAUGCCCAGUUCGUUUAUUUUCCAACCCUCCUACCCACCAAAGGGUGGGUGGCCUUUUUGAGUACCGGGACCUUGGCCAUCAGGUCUGGAGGGACUGUAAGAGCAUUUUCAAUCGCAGCAGUUAGAGCCAUCAGGAAAUGCCCUAAAUUGAGGAGUGGGACACCUGUGGCCCUCUCAGUGUUGCCGAACCACAAUCAACACCACCUCUGACCAUUGGCCAAAGUAACUGGGGCUGAUGGGAGUUGAAACAUCUGGAAGGCUACAGGUGCCCCAUCCCUGCCCUAGUUAGUUUUCAUUACUAAGGUCAGUGCUUUUUUUCUUUUAAAAAAUGUUUAGGGGUGCUCUCAUUUUCCUACUCAUAUUGAAAUACUGCCCCUCAAUGAGGCCAAACUCAGAUUCACAAAAUGUUUAGGGGUAUGCAUACCCCCAGAAAAAAAGCACUUACUAAGGCAGGGGUUGUCAACCUGGUUCCUACCACCCAUUAGUGGGUGUUUCAGGAGUCUAGGUGGCUGGUAGGGGGUUCUACGGCACAAGCUGAAUGCUCCUUCCAUCGAGCUCUGGUGGGCGGUAAGGAAAUUUGGUGCAGUAGGUGUAAAAAGGUUGACUACCGGUGGACUAAGGUGAUGUUGGAGUGGGAAUGACUUUUAACACUUGUGAUUGUGAUGCACAUUCUUACUAAAGUCUGUUCUCUCCUAUUAUCUUCCACCAGGUUUUUGAAGAAGAAGAUCUGGCCUGCAAUCCCCACCCCAGAGCGUGAAUUCAAGGACCUUUUCACUAUUUACAAGGGGAACUUCCAGGUAUUACACUGGCUGUAGUUCCUUGUCUUCAUAUGACUUCUCCCUCGGCUCCCUGUAUUAUGCUGUUACAAAGCCUGGGGUGCUGAGGGUCCUAUGUUUCGUCAACUGUUUUGCAGUUGUUGUUUUUUACAAUUGAUUUGUGUAUACCGUAUUUUUCGCUCUAUAAGACACACUUUUUCCCUGCUAAAAAGUAAGGGGAAAUGUGUGUGCGUCUUAUGGAGCGAAUGCAGGCUGCGCAGCUAUCACUGAAGCCAGAACAGCAAGAGGGAUUGCUGCACAGCGAUCCCUCUUGCUGUUCUGGCUUCUGGGAUAGCUGCGCGAAGCCUCUUCAGGGCAGGGGGAGUGUUCUUCCCGCUGCCCUGAAGAGGCUUUGUGUUGCAUUUGCUGAAGCCAGAACAGCAAGAGGGAUCGUUGCGCAGCAAUCCCUCUUGCUGUUCUGGCUUCUGGGAUUCAAAAUAUUUUUUUUCUUGUUUUCCUCCUCCAAAAACUAGGUGUGUCUUAUGGUCUGGGUGCAUCUUAUAUUACGAAAAAUACGGUGAAUUUUAUGAAACUAGUACCGUAUUUUUCGCUCUAUAAGACACACCAGACCGUAAGACGCACCUAGCUUUUGGAGGAGGAAAACAAGGCAAAAAAUAUUCUGAAUCCCAGAAGCCAGAGCAGCCAGAGGGAGCACUGCGCAGCGAUCCCUCUUGCUAUUCAGGCUUCAGCGAUAGGUGCACAGCCUGCAUUCACUCCAUAAGACACACACACAUUUCCCCUUACUUUUUAGGAGGGGGAAAAGUGCGUCUUAUAGAGCGAAAAAUACGGUAAAUAAAAGGAGUGUAAAGAAGAGAGAAAUAUAUAGUGUCUGAAUACAGAGUUAAAGGGAGCCAGGUGUGGCCUUCCCCACCUCCCACCCCUUGAUGCUGAUGUUCCCCCUUUCUUUGCAGCUAUGGCUGGGGCAUCAGAGCACCUACCUGUGGUGGAGCCAGAACUCUCCUUACCUGGAGGAGCAGCCGUUUUUGGUGGAAAUCCUGUCUGAAUGUGAUGUUCGCAAGGUGGAUGGCCCUCCCGUUCCUCCGCUCCUUCCCCCCAAGGCACGUGGCAUGGGGGAACCACCUCGCAACCCAGAAGUCUCCCAAGAUGAUUACCUGAUACUGGAUGAAGACUUGGUGCCGUGCUGCUUAGGAGGGGAUGCUUCCCUGCUCUUGCUGGCCAGCAACAGCAGCGAGGGCACAGAUCCGGCCCUCGACGCAGGAGUAGGGACACCAGACAACAGCCAGGCCUCUUCUAGCUUCGAGUACACUGUGUUUGACCCCAGCUCAAAGAGUCUGUCCCCGCAACAUCGCCACAUCGAGCCGCAGCUCAAGAGCAGUUACCAGAUGGUGUCCGACUCUGGGAUCUCUGCCGACUAUAGCCUGGUGGAGUCCAACGCUGGCCAGAUGAGCUUAUACACCAACCUCUGUGAUGGAGGGCCGCAGCCGUUCCUGCCCACCUACAUUGUGUGCUCGUAGCAGCAGUGAUCAGCAGGAGAACUGAGGCAGCGAGAUGCUAUCCCAGGAGCCUGGCACCUCCCACUUCCUUCCUGGUUCUAGCAAAAUGCCAGGGGAAGCCAGUGGACACAGCUAUGGGGCCUCCAAAGCUCCAGUUGGGCCCAAGUCGCACUUGUAGGAGGAAGAGAGGUUUGCAAAAUGCAUGGAAAGGUGAUGAAGGACGUAAGGAGGACUCUGCUGGAUCAGGCCCAUCCAGUCGAGCAUCCUGUUCUCACAGUGGCCAGCUGGAUGCCUCAACAGGAAACCAUUGAGCAGAACAUGAAGCAGAACAUGAGCACCACAGCACUCUCCCAUCGCCUGGUUUCCAGCAACUGGUGUUCAGAAGCAUUUCUACCUCCCAGCUGUGGAGGUAGCGCAUAGCCAUCCCGGCUAAUAGCCCUUGAUAGCCCUCUCCUCCAUGAAUUCGCCGGAUCCCUUUUAAAAAAUGCUGUCCUAUUUUGAAUGGGGAAGGGGCAGGAGGCCCACGAAAGAGACUUGUUGCUCCCACAGCAACCCUUUGAAGCAGUCCUUUCUGACAUUAAAUGUGCUGUGGCAUCUUUCUUUCAUUUGUAUUCACCCCAGGCAAGUGCAUUCUACAAGGCUGCGGAUCGGGGACUUGGCCAAAAGCACACCUAGAGUUCUGGUGUGGCACAGCAGGUUUGCAAGUAGCAGCACAAGCUUAAGGCUUGAGGUGUUUAUAGACUGAGGUGUGGAAUAUUGUGGGCACUCGCUUGCUAGCCAGGUAGCUAACUUUCUCCCACUCCACACUCUUCUGAUGAAACUCCUUCCCCUCUGACCCUGCUCUGUCCUUUUAACUACCAAGCUUUUUGGCCAGACAUAUUUGCCCAUUAUACUAUGUGCCCAAUUAUUGCAAAAAUAUUUAUGUCCAAAUGUCAGCGUUGGGACUGAUGUCUUUUGGGAGUUGAGGGGGUACGACAUGGAAGAGUGUGUGGAAUGAAGGAGUCUCAUUUCUGCUACAAUGCACUGUGUGGUCUUUGCUUACCUUCCUGUAAAAUGGGCAUGGCUCCCCCCCGCCCCCCCCCCGGCUGGAGCUCAGUUCUGGCACCUCUCAGGUGGGCGCCAUUGCCAUUAUAAGAGAACGAGGGAGGUGUUCCCAGUGAGUCCCUGCACCUCUUUUUCUAGAAAAAUAACACUGAAAAUGGGGAUUGACAAAACUAGGCAAACAAAAUACCAAUUGAAAUGUUAAAAGGGGCUGUCUUUCCAUUUUGGCUUGAAUAAGCACAGUAACCCAAAAACUCAGAGAGAAUUGCAUGGCUGUUCUGCCAGCUGUUUACUGCCAUAGGGUUUGCAUGUGGGGCACAAAAAGGUGUGCGGAAUGUACAUGCCCUGUUUAGAAUAUUACUGUUAUUUUCCCACUCAAGAGACAUAUUACGGUGUUUAUGUACUCUGGUAACGGGUUUCCUUGUGUCUGAACUAUCCUUCGAAGGCACAGAUCAAGUCCUGGGACUGGUGCUGGGAGGACUGUAUAAUAUCUGAACUCUCACAGGUAUGGCCACAAAGAUUUUGUAAUUAUCCUCUUGAAUUUGUGUAUCAAAACAGAAACUGGAUAUAUUUUUAUAUACUUUAUAUACUCCAAAGUGUUUUUUUUUAAUUAAAAAAAUAUAUAAAAA